AUGAAAGUAGCAUGGGCUUCAAGCUUCAAUUCUGAUUUGUCCACGAACAUCAUCCUCCGCACCGAAGUCGACGACAUGGCAGCGCUGGAAGCUGAUCCAAACAGCACCAACUCUCACUUUAUCAUCGACCAUGGCGACCACGAUCAUGAUAACCACACUCACGAAGGCCACGAUCCUCUCGACGAUGACGACGACGACGCCGACACCGCGUCCGCACGUUCCAUUUCCCUUUCUUCGCCCGCCGCUUCGCCUCGCCACUCUAACGCGUUUCCUGACUCCUCUUCCACUCGAGAGGAUAAGCGAGAAUCUCAUCCCUACACCAUCUCUACAGAAAGUUCAGAUCCGGACGAUAGAAGUGAUUACACGGCGCCGAGUUCAGUGACCUCUGCCACGCCUUCUGCGUAUGCCUAUGACGCGUCGAAGACCGCAGCCCAAGCCACAUAUCCUCCACCGCCCUCCAAUGUACAACGAGAAUCAGUGGCAUCGUUUGCCACAAGCGCGUCGUCAGUUUCAAAGAAGGCACGUCCGGAGUCAAUGCUCAUGCAACCACCAACUGGCCCUCUUGUCCUUGGAAUUGCGCUCGUGGAUUUUAAUCAUCAGGUCGGCCCACGAAUAGAGUUCUCAAAAGGCGCGGUCUUCGAAGACGAAGAGAUCGCGAAGAUAAUGCCUUUCCUUGCACUUCCUGAUGGUGCUCAUUUGAGCGUCGAAGAUUAUUCCUAUUUCCAUCUUGUGCCGUCUUCGCCGAAUCCAACCACGAUAUUUGGCAUUUCAUGCAAUCGCCAAAUAGCCACAUCCUCUCUGCUUGUGAAAGAGGUCGACAUGACGCGCUCAACGGUGCAGAAGGCCGUCGUCGUGCUUGCCUCCAAACCAGUGUUCGGCCCCAUCAGGGACCGAUUAGGCGUUGUCACUCGGGCGCUUUUCGAGCAAAGAGACUUCCGGGAGACGGGCAUCCUUGUGGAUUUCUACGAAUCACUAGAACUUUCACUGCGGAGCCAGUUGACAGAGAGUGGAUUAUACAUGGGGACUAGCCUCCGGGAACUAGUGCGGGAGUUCCGACAACGAACACUGCUCCUUAUCAUGUUCUACGGCCACCCUGUGGAACGUCUGUGCACAUACCAGUACUCCUUGAUAUCACUUAUUCCCGGGUUGUUGCAGACGCUGGACGACUGCGGAUCCCCACCGUUGGCGUCCCGAGCACCGACUCUGUCGCGGCCGAACUCUCUGAAAACCUCAGACCGUAAAAGUUUGUUGGCUUACCUCGGCCUUCCGCUUGACCUCUUCGGGAAAGAUGCAUUCUUCCAGCCUUACCUUCCCCUGCAGCAGCUUGAUCUCAUCAAGUCUCAAACGAAGUCGUAUCUGUGCGGGAGCACUAACUCCAUCGUGACACAGCAGAAGGAUAUCGACCUACUUGUGAAUGUGGAGACGGGAGCUGUAGAAUUCCGCGAUGCGAGGCUCGAGCGUACGAUUGCGCUCACGGCCGCAGAUCGCAAAUGGAUGGACGAGAUCGUGCGUGAGGUGAAUGACGGAUGGGAAGAUGAGGUUGCUGGAAGAGGGAUGCAGAGGUUCAAGGGCAGUGACGACUACCUGCGAAUCAAGUUUGAAGAAUAUAUAUCUGCCGCGUUGGCAUCCGUCAAGUACGCCGACUUUAUGGCGAAAGGCGAAGGGAGUGGGGUGCUCAUUACCCCGGGAUCAGGAAGCGAUCCGAACUCGAUGGAAGAUUUUAAUACCGUCUGGAUCGCAGAGUUCAAGCGUACGAAUGCGUUUGAAGUAUGGCAGCGAAUCACCGACCCCAUGUUAUUUGACAUCAUUGAGCCUCGGCAUCCGUGCACCGAGAAGCCGAGCGCCAUCGCAGACAUAUCAUUGCGUCUUUCUGAGGGCAUCCAGGAGCUGAAACUUGACCAGCAGCUAGCGCCCACCCGCGAGGCCAUCUCACGGACGCUCACUGCGGGAUCCACCGGGUUCUUCAAAGCCGUUGAGGGCAUGCGUGGACGAUGGGCGCAGCGUUCGACCUCGCCAUCGAAUCCAUCGGUUGACAGCGUCCCCGUAGAUUCUCUCAAACCCGACAUUCCUGUGUCCUCGCCCCCACCCCCUGUACCAGUGAAGGACGAUUCGUCUUCCCGGCCUGCGAGCGUGACCAGCACGACAGCUGCGGAAGCCAAGGAACGUGUUGGUUCGUGGGGCGUGGGUAUCGGCUCGUUUUUCUCUUCGAGGGCAUCGAGGUUUUCUACGUCGAAGCCAGCGGAGAAUCCGCCUUUACCAGUACCUCCCCCGAAGGAUUUAGAGAAAGACAAAGACGUGAUUAACAGCUCCCCUAUCGAUACUACCUCAAGCUUAAGCUCAAGCACGGCACCCCCGGCUGCUUCUGCCAUUUCUACCAUGACUCCCAUUGCAGCAAUCGCUGUCCCAUCAGUCGUUGCGUUGGGCGGUGUGGCGGUUGAUAAGGUGCAGGAGUCUCAUGAAGAUGAAGAAGAGACUCGUGCGAUCGAAGAGGAGACUCAUGCGAUCGAAGAGGAGACUCAUGCGAUCGAAGAGACCCACACGGAGGACAAUGAUUCCUUAUCGGUAUAUGAGAAACCCAAAGCAUUAGAGGUGGAGGAGGACUUCGACAGCAGCUCUCUAAUGCAGGAGGUUCCUACCGAUGAUGCUUACGACGCGGUCAUCACUGAUGAGUCUAAUGUGCAUCCGAUUGAGGCGAAGGAGGAACAUGGUCUCUGGGAAGAACAGGAAGAUAGCAAACCCAGCCGACACAGUACUCCCAAAAGCAUGGCGUUGAGCUUAGAGGCACAGAGCAUCGGAUCGCAGGAUUAUGAGCCUUUCGGUGUGGCGCUGUGA